GCAACUACCGGUAUCUGCUACGAAAACAAUGACAUCAACUAUGCUUUCUAAGAAAAGCAUUUGCAUAUGUUUUCUCAUACUAUUUGUAUCGAAGCUAGCCAAUGCAGCUGAUGAUGAUGAUGAUGAUGAUGAUGAUGACGAUGAUGACGACGACGAUGAUGAUGAUGAUGAUGAUGAUGACGAUGAUAAAAAACGGAAACCUGGCAAAGCUGGAAAAAAAACAGAGUUAGUCUAUGAGGUGACCAUUUGGACCGGUUCCAGAUUUGGGGCAGGAACUGAUGCCAAUGUAUUCCUUCAGUUGUUUGGGGAACAUGGCCAAACAGAGGAAAUUAUUUUAGAUAACCCAGGCGACGAUUUCGAAACGGGAGAUUAUGAUAAGUUCAUUCUUAAGGCUCCAGAUAUCGGGGUGUUGGUGAAGGUCCGAAUCGGUCAUGAUGACGCUGGUAGGAUGGCGGGCUGGUACCUGGAGAAGAUGCUGAUACAGAGAAGGGCCCCCAAGCCUGUGGACAAUGAGGACUAUUGGUUCUUUGUCUUUUCCUGGCUGGCCAAGGACGAGGGGGACGGGUCAAUCGUUAGAGAGUUACAGCCAACUGAUGAAAACCGGAGACCAAUCAAGAUUUAUCUAGAAGAGAGAUCCGAUGUGAAGCAGCUGAUCACACUACUGUUGGAUGUCUCCUGGCCGUGGUUUGGGAAAGAGUGUUCCGCGCAUUGCGACAAAGAGAAAAGCAUUUACUCUCCGUGUUUCAAUUUACGAAAAGAUAUUGUCGAAUCAGUCCUGGAGAGAGGUGGCAUCCCUAAAGAUGUAAACCUGCAAACCAUACUCAGCGUUCAGUUUUCAAGCCCUGAAGAAAAAGUGGACGUGUGCGGUAAACUAGUCUCAAUGCCAGGGGUCGAGAAGUUUCAACUAAAUAGGAGAGGGGAAGCAAAUCAAGCAAGAUUAAAGCUAGGCGCAGAAAUCUAUCGCAGAAAGCCUGCCUUAAACUGGGAUUUGAAGUCUGAUGUCAAGUACACAGUGCUGUUCUGGGACGUGGGGCUGCUCAAAGUCCGUGGAUAUUGGUCCGGCGUCACUAAAUCAGAUGAGAAAAUUAUGGGCAAGAGGAACAUGCCAUACGAACCGCCGGCUAAUCCAUCAAAAACUGUAAAUCCUAUCCUAAUCCUUAUUGUCAAGGAAUCCGGCGGCUUUGAUUCAACCGUAAUUGUGAAUAAAUGUAUGCACAGGGUAGUAAGUAAGGAAGGUGCUGAGGAAUGUCGGAAGGCGGUCAUCGCAAUGAUCGGGGACGUUGCAAAUAUUAUCGGCAUGCAAGCCUACUAUACCGAUGGCUCUUCACUUUAUGAACAGUACAGGGCAUGCACUGAAGGCUACAUCUGCUCCACAGAAUGCAUUGCUAAAUAUCAGGCUUAUGCAUGUGAUGAAUACAAGAAAAUCACUUUUACUACGCUGCAAGCAGACAAACUUGAUAUGUUCGUUAGCAUAAAAUUUUAUUCCCUGUAUAAUGAAGUUAUAACUGCGACCAAAUGUGGAGCAGGCAGUCAAAUGACUGUCCCGAUGUAUGAGCUCCGACCCUUGCCGGGGGAGAACACGAAAAUUGAUCAAAACUAUCAAGUUUCCGAUCAGCUGUUAAACUACUAUGUCCAUUUUGUGCUAGAAAUCUCCGGUUCUGCCGCUCAACUUGCAGAAACCUCCACCUUUUAUGCCGUUCUUAUUGUGUCCCCUGAUGGGCACAUUAACAAGGGAGACUACGACCAUCCCGUUGGCUGUUUAUUUUAUGCCAAUAUGCACUUGCCAUUAAAUAUUUCAAGCAUUGAUAAGAAAACGAAUAUUAUCCAAGAAUAUACCAGAGUACAACAGCUACACAAUGAUGCCCACUAUUUUAUUUUACUGUACUCUCACAAAGAAAAGAUUUCCAGUAAUCCCCUCUGUGCAAACGUGGAUAAAAAAUCCUGCGAUGAGUGGUGGGAUCUAAGCAAGCUGCCUAACGACUUUUACCUAAGAGGGGUUAACUGGUUCAUUGCAGGCAUGGAUAAUUAUUUAGUGAGUGAUCUUCAAAAGAAGGCUGACUGUAAAAAAAACGAAGAGCGCCUGCCCAGAGACCCGCCUGAAACGUUCGAGUCAGUCAUAACUGCAGAGGCAGACGGCAACACGACUGCUCAUGUUGAUAUGUGUCCAGCCAACGGACCGUUCGCUUACCGACCAUUUUAUUCAACAAGCUCGGCAAGAGGGGCGAACGUCCAAGAUCUUAUUUGGUUGCACUUUGCUAUUUUGUGCAUGGUGAUACAUACACAAUCGUAGAAGCACUUUGCCAUUUUGUGCAUUGUGAUAUAUACACAAUCGGAGUAGCACGUUGCCAUUUUGUGUAUGAUGAUAAAUACACAUUGUGGGGCAGAUUUUGGUUCUGUACUGAAAAGCUUGUCUCACUGUACAAGGUGGUAUGUUUUUAAAAUUUGUUGGCAUGAAUAGUAUGAAUAUUUGUAAUUUACGUAGCAUAUUAAAACAGGCAAUUUUUUUGGUACUAGCUAUAAUUAAAUAGCUAGCUAUAAUUAACUCAUCAUUAUAGAUUUGCCUUUGUUAAACAUCAGUUUUAUUAUAGAUUUUCAUCGCGAAUAUCUAUUUAUGAAUUAUGCCAUUUUUGCACUGUGUAGCUUUGUAUUGCUCAUAUACAUUAUUAUACACAUGUAUAUAUAUAUAUAUAUAUAUAUAUAUAUAUAUAUAUAUAUAUAUAUAUAUAUAUAUAUAUAUAUGUGUGUGUGUGUGUGUGUGUGUGUGCGACCACGUACACAUAUAGCAUAUACAUUUAUAGCAUAUAAAUUUAUAAAUUUAAUUAUAAUUUUUAUCGCCUAAUUGAGUUUAGUGUAGCAGUCAGACAUGUUUGAACGUUGCUCAGAAUGAAAAAAAUGUAAUGAUUCAGUCAUGAGUGACGCUAGGGUUAGCGUACAAAAGAUGAUGCUUGUUUAAUAUUGUGUACUGCUCAGUUAAAGAGAUAAACCAUAGUAUGGUACUGGUGUAUGGGGGAGGUCGUUAUGUGUGGAGGUGUUCAUGUGGUGUGUAAAGGUCGUGGAUAUAUGUAGGUCAUCAUCUGGUGUGAAGGUCGUGGAGAGAUAGAGGUCAUCACCUUAUGAAGGUCAUGGACAUAUGGAGGUCAUCACCUGGUGUGUAUAGGUCAUCAAUUGGUUCCGUGGAGGGCAUCACGUAGUUUUUGAGAUCAUCACUUGUUUGCUAUAGUGGCAGGUACAUAUAGUAAGCAGAUUUACCGGCGUGUGAAGUUCAUCACACUGUUUCUGUAAUUUACCACACUGUUGUAAGACACGGUGAAUGGAGAAGGGAGGUGACUCAGUUCUUCUACAUUCGUCAAAACAUCAUAAAAAUCAGGUGGUGGUGCUUUACUUUUUGGUAAUUAUCUACUAAUUAAAAGUUGAUAAUUAAUUUUUAAAAGUGUACAUCUUUUCAAGCAAAAAAUCAAAUUUUACAUCUAUUUUUAAAAUCUUGUACCACAAUUAAAAUAUUUUUUCUGUUAAAAUCAUUGAUACAGCUCGAAA